AUGCAGCAGCAUGACUCGCCUCAGCCUGUUCAACAUGCUAUCGGGACACCUUCUCUUGGACAGAGCAGCACUGUUGAUUCACUCACUUGCCAGUGGCUGAACUGUGGUGAACGCCAUCAAACCGCCGAGGCUCUCUACGAGCACGUAUGCGAACGUCACGUCGGUCGCAAGAGCACAAACAAUCUCAACCUGACUUGCCACUGGGGUUCAUGCCGCGUUACCACCGUCAAGCGUGAUCACAUCACCUCGCAUAUCAGAGUCCACGUACCCCUCAAGCCUCAUAAGUGCGACUUCUGUGGCAAAGCCUUCAAGAGACCUCAGGAUCUCAAGAAGCACGUCAAGACUCACGCCGAUGACUCGGUACUCCUUCGCUCUCCCGACCCGAACAUGGGUCAGAACAGACCUUCUGGCGGCAACUACCAACACGGUCAGCCUGCACAAGCUAACAACGGCUACUACCCCCAUGACUUGGGAACCAACAAUGGUUACCCUCACCCCAACCACGGCUUGAACAGCAACAGCUUCUUCCAGCAACCCCAGCAGCAGCCUCAGUAUGCAGGCUAUGGCCAGGUCAACUACCCUGCCAGCAACAGCCUUGCUGAUAUCCAGAGCAUGGACACCCGUAGACGCGCCAUCGAAGCUCUGAACGACUUCCUUGGUGAUAUCAAGCGCCGCGCCAUUGACCCCGGCAACUACUACGAUGUUGGCCAGCGCCUUCAGUCGGCCAACCUGCCGCUUCCUAUCAGCACCGGCUACGGCUACUCGACUGGAAACAACUACGCCAGCAACAACAACUCGUCAUACAGUGCAGCCAGCUCAUUGCUUGACAGCUUCAACAACUCGGGCAACUUGGGCAUGACUGGAAACAGCGGUGGUAGCAUGUCUCAGGGUCCCCUUACUCAGUCAUACUCGCUGCCACUGCCCUCCAACGCUCGUACAAAGCAGGAUCUGGUUGAGAUUGACAAAUUCCUCGAGCAGCUCCAAGCUACUGUCUACGAAAGCAGCAACAGUGCCGCCGCUGCCGGUGUCCAGCAACCCGGAUCUCAUGCCCAGUACACCAACUACCCUGGCUUCGGCAGUCAGUACCGUAACAGCGAUAGCCCCCCCAGCAUGCAGCACUCUGGCUCUGUCUCCACCCCUGGACUCGGCUCGCUCUCCAACAUGGCUUCUAGCAGUGCUAUGGAGACUCCUGCUCUCACCCCUGCUUCCGUGUCAUCGUACACCUCAGCCGGCCAGUCGCCCAUGUCUACCCACUCUCGCUCUAGCAUGAGCAGUGCCCACGGUAGCUCCAUGUACCCCAGUCUCCCAUCUGUCACAGCCAUUUCUGACAUGGGCGCCGGAUACCCUGCAACCACUUCCGCUCCUGCCUCUGGUCUUGCCUCUGGCUUUGAGGGCUUCGAAGGUCGCCGCUACAGUGGUGGUCGUCUCCAACGUGAGGCUCCUGCUCCUCGCUCUCAGGACAUGGACUCCGAUGCCAUGGAGACCGAGUCCGACGGUGCCAAGACUCCUCGCGCAAGCACCAAGCAGCCUGAGGACUCUUCGUCUCUCGACCCUGCCCUCCGCGCCGCUUCUCAGACUUCAACUGCUGUCCAAAGUCCUAGCACUGGCGCAGGCAGCGAUUCCGAUGAGAAGCAGGCUACCUGGGUUGAGAACGUCAGAGUCAUCGAGGCGCUUCGUAGAUGGGUCAGCGAAAGAAUUAACAACCAAGAGUUUGAAGGCGAGGGCGAGUACCCCGAACCUCAGCACCACGUUGACCACGACAUGCACAUGGAUCACCACCAGCCUGCCGAUGAAAAGACUCUUGAGCCUCAUUACGAGCAGGUUCACCACGCAGAGCACGAGCAGCAGCACGAACAGCAUGAGCAGCAGGCCGCACCCGAGGGUGACGUUGAUGUUGCUUACCCUGUUUUGAAGAUCGAGGAGUAA